AGCAAGCGCAUCGGAUUAAAGUUUGAUUGAAUUCUCCUCUGUCGGUCAACAUCGAUUUGCUUUCUCAUGCGAAUCCAUACAACGACGACGACGAAUAAGACAAUUGUGCAAUUUAUUUUUCCUAUAAUAUUAAUUCUCGUAUCACAUUGUAAUUUAACUUACAAUGCAAAUUCGAUGUUUCGAUAACGUUGUUUCGGACUUUGGUGAUAUUUUUCAAUUAUUUUCUGUGUUACAUUAUUAAUUCAUAUUUAUUAUUAUUUAUGAUCAUUUAUAUUUGAUAUAUGUGGUGGGGGAAUACGUUAUUACGUUUAAUUGUUUUAUAAUUAAUCGACAAAAUUUAUAUAUUCAAUGGAUACAAAAGAUAUAGAAAUGAAAUCAUCUGUAAUAGAAGUAUCUACAGAUUUAUCUAACGAAAUUGAUUUGGAACGAAGCGUACAACUUGCCCUUAACGAGACAGGUUUUGGAAAAUUUAAUCUGAAGGUAAUGGUCCUUUGUAGUCUAGUUUAUGCAAACACAGCACUUAGUAUAUGCAGUAUCGGAUUUAUUCUUCCUUCCGCAGCAUGCGAUUUUCAAAUGAGUACUAUCGACAAAGGAAAUAUCAAUAUAAUAUCUUUGAUUGGAAUGGCAGCAGGGUGUUGGUUUUGGGGUUGUUAUGCCGGAAUCAAAGGUAGAAUAAACACUUUAAAAAUUUCAUUAUUUCUUCAAGGAACGUUCGAAUUUUUAUCUGGCAUAGUACCGAAUUACGGAUUCUUCUUAUUAUUCAAAUUUCUUAGCGGUUUUUCGAUAAGCGGACAAAGUGGGACACUUUUCGUUUAUUUAGGUGAAUGUCAACCAACAAAAUACAAAGAGAAAUUACUUUCUUGGUUAGAAAUGGCAUGGACAUCGGGUCUUAUCGCUGCACCAGUUAUCGGUUGGCUCAUCAUACCAUUGCAAUUCGAUAUCAAUGUAAAACCAUUUACAUUUAAUUCUUGGAAUUUAUUCGUCGUAAUAUGUUCCCUACCAUCGUUAACAAUCGGCGUUUGGUCAUUGUAUUUCAACGAAAGUCCCAAAUUUCUUUGCGAAAAUAAACAAAUGUCAGAAUUGUCUGUUCUACUUGGAAAAAUAUAUACGGAAAAUACUGGAAAACCCGAAGAAACUUAUUUCGAAAUACUUGGCAAAAGUAAAAAUCCUUUGUACGAUAUUUUGAAAAUGAAUAAUAAUUAUCAAAAUUCUAACGAUAAUAAUAAAAUCAAAUCUUGGCGAACUAUAAUAUAUACUACUUAUAUACAAACAAUAUCUCUUUUUAAAUUACCACACGUUAUGAAAAGUCUCAACGUAUUUGUUUUAAUAUUGUGUAUUACGGCUUCUUAUUAUACAUUGAUGCUUUGGUUUCCGGAAUUGUUUCAAAGGUUCGCUAAAUAUGAAAAAAUGUAUCCAGGAAAAAGUUCGAGCAUAUGCGAAAUUUCCAAAAUAAAUCUACUGGAUAACAAUAAAACAUUGGUAUUAGAAUACGAUAUAUACGAUUGCCAAAAUAAUAUUCACGAUAAUGUAUUUUUCCAUACACUUCUUGUAGGAUUGGGUUGUUUGCCAUUGAGUAUUAUUCUACCCCUCACUGUUACAUACACGGGUUAUAAAAUUUAUAUAAUAAUUUGCACAUUCCUCUCUACUAUAGUAACCAUAGGAUUUUUCUUUAUAAGAUCAUCAACACAAAAUCUCAUACUCUCUAGUAUCUUUGAAGCUUUAACGUCUGUAUGCUUAAGUAUAACACUCUGUAUAAUUGUUGAUAUCUUUCCUACAAAUUUAAGAAUGAUGGCAGCUUCUCUAGCUGCUUUCUGUUCUCGUAUUGGAGCAUUUGCAGGAAAUUGGAUAUUUGGUUAUUUAAUAGAUAAUUAUUGCCUACCAUUGAUACUUAUAGUAGCAUCACAACUCUUUUUUUGCACAAUACUCAGCUUUUUUACUCCUGGAAGAUUCGGAGAAAUGAAACAAACGAAUAUAACAUAAUUUCAAAUAUUUCAUUACAACAUUAUAUGUAUAUUGUUACAAACAAAUUAUAUAGAAUAAAUAAUUACUAUUUCUCAUUUU